GCAGGUCUGGGGGCGGAGCUAUCUGAGGAGGAGCAGGAAGUAGGAGGAGCCUGUCUUGAUUACAGGAUAUACCCGGACGGCGCUCCGCAGCAUGCUGAGCAGGAAGGGGUCUUGUGCGGGGAUGAUGAGUGCGGCAGCCGGAGUGGACCGCAGCAGGGUCGGGGAGAGGCUGCAGGCUGCCCUGGCCGGGCUGCAGGAGCUGCAUCUGCUGAAGGACAGACAGAGCGACAUGGUGAGCUGGGCGCUGAGGAUGGACCGAGAGGAGCCGGUCUCCGCUGUCCACGCAGGCCCGGAGAGCCCCAGGAUGAUGGGGGCUGAGGAGCAGCGGCUGGAGGCGACCCUAACAACCCUGAAGCAACAGCUGUCUCGUCUUCGGAAACAGGAUGUAGGCCUGAAGACUCACUUGCAACAGCUGGACCAACAGAUCAGUGAGUUGAAGCUGGAUGUGAGCAAGGUCUCCACAGAGCAGCUGGAGAGUGACAGCAGGCCAAGUUCAGGUUUCUAUGAGCUCAGCGAUGGCGGCUCUUGCUCGUUGUCCAACUCCUGCACCUCUGUGUACAGCGAAUGUCUGUCAUCCUCCCAGACGAGCCUUCUCCUCUCUCCAAUGAGCCCUGCUAAUUACCACAUCAGCCCGCCAUCACAAGUAGAUGUAUGCCGCCGUCGUUCUGCUGAUGAGUGCACCACCCAGACUAACCCUCCGCGGGCCACAGGCUUCCAUCUGGGCAGCAGCAGGAUCCGAGCGAGCACAGCAAAGGCUCGACCAAGACCUGUGUCAACAGGUGAUCUUGAUAGGAUGAUGGCUCAAGGACCAAGCUACUCCAAAUCAGUGGAUGAAAAGAAACUCUCAAUGUGCUCAAACCUGAAGACCUCAACUGUGGACCCCAAGUUCCACAGCAACCUGGUGUCCCGCAAUGGAACGGAAGUGUACCACUACCCCAGUCCCUUGCAUGCUGUGGCUCUCCAGAGCCCAAUCUUUUCCCAUGGGGGCGAUCCAGCCACACCUGGACUUCUAGAGGGGCAAGGACCCCUUGCAAUGAGCGGUUCUGACACCCUCCAAAGGGCACAAAUGGGUAAUGAGACCAAGACCCUGGGUUAUAUUGACAAGCUCCUCCUGCGCAGCUUGAGCAAAAUCCAAAGUGAAACUCGAACAGAGACUCUGCAGACACACUGUGACUAUCACAGGAGGCCCAUUGAAGUUGUAACUGUGUUUCCUGAAGUGUCUCAGAAAGACAUGUCUAUGCUGCAGCCUCUUCCAGCCCUGACCACAGACAUCACCCCACUAGAUAGCAACCGGAAGAGACACUGCAUGACAUUCUCCAGCCAAGAGCCAGCUGAUAAGGCCAACCAGAAUCAGUUAGUAAGAGCCCCGGAGGUUUCCUACCGAUACUCCUAUCCUGCUGCCAUGAGGGAUUACAGUGGAGAUGAGGUCACCACUUUAUCUCUGAGGAAGAAUGAUAAACCAAAAGAAGAACAUGCUAGUGUAGCAAGAGGCAAUCCAGAGUCAGUGCCACAAGAGAGAAAGGGCUAUAGGCAAAGGUCGGUGAUGGCCCACAGCUCCAGCACAGAGGAGAGCCAAAGCUAUGAGGUUCACCCUGGUCACAUAGCUUCCCCUGAGUUCGUCCAUGCCAAAUUUGUCCCUGCUGGAUCUCACAGGGUCAAGGUGAGACAGGCAGACCGUAAAACCAAAGCAGUGAAACUGAGAAGAAAAAGCAGUGAGAAGCCGCGAGCAAUCAGGCAGCAACAUGGAUACUCCUCAGGUGAAAGGACCAAAGAAGCCAGUGGUGGAACCAAGGGGGAACAGAGAAGAUCAGGAAAAGGAAAAACUAUCCAGAAAUGUACCACCCAUCACACAGAGGAGCACAGACAGGGCUCAGGCUCUGACUCCAGCCACUGUACCCCAGGAUUCAUGUACACCAACAAGGUCCAUCCAAAGCAACAUCCCAUCCCUGCUGUUACAAAGUCUAGCAAAAGCCGCAGACUGCAGUGCCUUGGGUAUGAGCAGCCUGUAGAGCAGAGGAAGAGGAGGCAGGGGGCUGCCAAUUGGCCGUCUGAUGUGGAGAUGUUCCAGGCCUCAUGUGUUCAGCGUCAUGUUCAGGCACCAGGGAGCAUGCAGAUGGUCCGCAGUAUGAGUGCCAAGUCAGGCCAGUGGAUAGGACCUCCUCGCUCCUUCCAGUCCUCUCACACUUUCCUCCACAAUCUUAAUGCCAGAUACCCUCCAGCAGCCUUCAACAUCUCCAGCCACUACCCACCCAGUUGCGAGUCUGAGUACUCAGCCGAAUGCGCCUCACUGUUUCACUCCACCAUCGCCGAAAGUAGCGAGGGGGAGAUGAGUGAUAACACCACCAACCGCUUUGGAGAUAGCGAGUCCAGCCAGAGCUUCCAGUCCUUCUCGGACUCUGACAGCAGCCUGGACGAGGACGACCAGGUGGACAGCCAGGGGGAGAGAGGUCUGGUGUGGGCUGAUGCUGCUCUGGGGCCCACCGCAGCUGGACAGCCCCUCCAGCAGCUCCCACGCCCCGAGCCAGCGGUCUGCCGCAUCAAAGCUUCCCGAGCCCUGAAGAAGAAGAUUCGUCGGUUCCAGCCGGCCUCCCUGAAGGUCAUGACCCUGGUGUAGCAAAGUUCCCCCUGGGCAGAGUUAGAACUGUUGGUAAAACACAGAGGGCGGUGGGAAAUGCUUUCAAAACUGUUUGGAAACCUGGUCUUUGACCUCAACACCCUUAAUCAUCACUGAGAAGCAGCCAUUAAACUGGACUGCGUCCGUGCACUGAUUGUGUUGUUAAAAUAAUUUACAAUGAUUGAACAUGAAACUGUACACAAUAGUGCACUGUAUAAAAGCAAAUAUAACACAAUUACACUUAAUUUGUAAAUAUUUAUGUUGUAAUUAGGGUUUGUCAUAUCAUG